AUGGACUUCCAAGGUAGGCUCCGGGCUGCGGCUGCUCUUGUUGCUGCUGUUGCUGCUUGGUUUUUCUUGUGGUUUAGAAGGAGAAGUGAGGAUGCUCGAUCUAUUACCUAUGGUCCCAUGGCAGAGAGGGAUAGAGAGAGGAAUAGCAACCUCAGAUUCAUUUAUGAAUCUGAUGAUGUGCAUUGUGUCAACCUGCUAAGGAUGAGAAGGACGCCUUUUUUCCAACUGUGUGACCUAUUUCGGUCUAGAGAGUUGGUUGUGGAUAGCAUCCAUGCCACUGUUGAAGAACAGGUAGCAAUGUUCUUGCAUGUAGUGGGACACAACCAAAGGUUCAGGGUCAUUAACAUGACAUUUAGGAGGUCACCUGAAACUAUCAGUAGGUUCUUUCAUCAAGUCUUGUAUGCAGUUGGUGAGUUGAGAAAUGAGUUGAUUGUUCCACCAUCCACUAGUGUCCAUCCUAGGAUCCUUGGCAGCAGGAGAUGGAACCCAUAUUUCAAGGAUUGCAUAGGAGCAAUUGAUGGGACACAUGUCUUAGCGAGAGUGCCUUUGAAGAUGCAAGCUGCCUUUAGAGGUAGGAAGCACACCAUCACUCAGAAUGUACUGGCAGCAGUGGACUUUGAUCUAAGGUUCACAUAUGUGCUUGCUGGUUGGGAGGGAUCUGCACAUGAUGCUCUGAUUUUAUCAGAUGCUCUUGAAAGGGCAGAUGGUCUUACAGUCCCACAAGGGAAAUUCUAUCUUGUGGAUGCUGGAUAUGCAGCCAGGCCUGGGUUCCUGCCGCCAUAUCGUGGUACAAGGCAUGGACAAGAUGAACAUGUUCCCAUUGAAGCUGCUUGGACUCCUAACUCCACUGAUACCCCCCCUGAGCCAGAACAUAGUCCUGAUAAUGGAACCUGGGCACAACAAAGGGAUGCAUGGGCUGCACAAAUGUGGCAAAAUAGGGGAUCUUCUAGAGUUUCAUUGCACUUAAGUACUUGGGGUCAUGUACUGUUAAGUAGCAUUGAUGAAUUUGUAAUAUGUUCUGAGACCUUGGACAUGGUUGUGAUGGGUGAGGAUGUGGUUGGUGUUGUCAAUGAGGCAGGGGCCGAGGGUGGGGUGGCUGCUGUGGAGGAAGGGACCCCAGCAGCCCCUCCACCCAAUGGAGCCCAGCCUGGGGGGCCAAUGCAAUGGACCAGUGUUCAGUCAGCCUUCAUGCUCAGGAGGUUUCAUGAUCUGGUUGGGCAAGGGGUCAAAACUGACAAAGGCUUCAAGGAAGUGCAUGUUAGGCAAGUUGCUAGGAUGGUUUCUGAUUUUGCUGAAGUGAAUGUUACCAUCAACCAAAUUUAUAACCACCUGCGCAAGUGGAGGCAGAGGUGGGUUAAGAUUGCUAGGCUCAAGGAUCUCAGUGGUGCUCUCUGGAAUGAGGACCAUCAUAUGAUAGUCCUUGAGGAGGAGCAUCUGAUAGGGCACACUAAGGAUCAUCCUGCUGAUGCCAAGUUCUUGAACACCCCAAUUGAGAACUAUGUCCAAAUGGAGGCUAUUUUUGGGUCUAGUCAGGCUACUGGCUCCAAUGGGCUGGACACCUCUAAGAGUUCUAAUGAUAAGGAAGGGAGAGGUGGUAAAAGGAGGAAGUUGGGUGAGGAAGAAUACCAGCUGAUGCAUGGUAUGAUUGUUGCGGUUGCCUCUGUUGCAGAAGCCCUGAAAGCUCCUCAGCACAAUGAGGUCCAUGCAGAUCUUUAUGGUUGUGUCAUGUCCUUUCCUGGGUACUCACAGGAGGCCUUGAUGUUUGCACUUGUGUACUUGCUGAAGAACAAAGCAGAAGGCCUAUGCUUUGUUCAGAUGAGUGAAGCCCAUAGGAUCCUUUGGCUUAGGACCUACCUGAGCCAAUCUAACUUCCUCUAG